CUCCAUUACAAACAUCAACUUUCCUUAACUAUGCCAUUAUAUAAAGAAGAGAACUUUCUUGUGGUUCAUCCUGGAUCCAAACAUACAUUGUUUUCUUUUGGAUUACAAGAUUCAUUAUCUCCACCACAAUAUAAGAUUCCAUCAGUCGUUUAUCAAGAUGCUAUAACUAAAGAAUAUAAAUCGAAGAAAACUGAAGAAGAUAAUCAAUUGAUUGAAAUUCAUCCGAUUAAAGCAGCCAAAAUUGUAGAUGUUAAUGCAUUCAAUUAUUUAUUAAAGAUUAUAUUACAAAGUGUUAUUACUAAUAAUCCAAUUAUAACUAUAAAUCAAAUUCCAUUAUUAUUAAUUAUUCCAUCAUUAACUUGGUCAAGAGCAAAUAUUGAAUAUGUUACUAAAUAUGUAAUAGAAUCAUUAGAAUUUACUGCCUUUAAUAUUUUGGAUAUUUCAUUAGCUUCAACUUUUGGAGUUGGUUCAUCCACUAGUGCUGUAGUAGUUAAUGUUGGAUAUGAGUCAAUUCAAAUUGUACCUGUUGUAGGUUAUCAAAUCAUUAAAUUUGCUAGUAAAUAUAUAUCAGGACCAGGUAGUAAACUUAUAAAUGAAGAACUUUCAAAAAUUUUACCUAAUUUAUCUGAAAGUCAAAUUGAAGAUUUAAAGACUUCAGGAAUUUAUGAAGUAUUAAAUGAUCAUGAGGAUACAUUUUAUUCAUUUGAUGAUCUCCAAAAAUCAGUAGAUGAUAAUGAUGAUGAUUUUGAUAUAGCUAAAAAAAUCACCGAAGAUACAGCAGAACCUAUGGCCAUUGAAACUGCUACUAAUGGGACUAAACAAGAAGUUUCUAAUAAUAAUAAUGAUGAUGAACAAAAACCAAAUAGAGAAUUGGAAACCAACACUUUUAUAGAUUCUAAAACUGGUUCUAAAAUAGCUGUUGGAAAGGAAAGAUUCCAAGGUUCCGGAAAAUUAAUUAGUUUUAUUGUAGAAACUAUUUAUGAAUCACUUAAAUUAAUCCCUGAUAUUGAAAAGAGACAAGAAUGUUAUUCAAAUGUUAUAAUCAUAGGAUCAACUGGUAAAAUUCCCGGGUUUAAAGAAGGUAUUUUAUAUAAAUUAUUCCAAGAUUAUUUAAUCCGUGAACCUCAUGGUACUGCUAAUGGAAAAUCUAAUGAUGAUAGUAAUGGAAUUAAUAUAACACUUGCAAAAUAUCAACAAGCUGAUGAUGCUAUAGAUGGUGAAAGUACUUCUGAUUUAUAUCAAGUACCCAAUGCCAUUAAAUUAGCCAAAUAUCCAGAUUAUUUCCCCGAAUGGAAGAAACCAAAGGAAAAGGGAGGAUCUUGGGAUGACGUUUACUUUUUAGGAGGUGAAAUUUAUGGAAAACAAAUCUUCUCCAACAAUUCAAAUCAUGGUAGAGAAUUAUUUAUUGAUAGUGAAGUUUAUGAAGAAAGAGGUCCACAAAGUAUAUGGGAUGUUAGUAUCUAAUAAUUAGACUAGUAGAGUAUAUGUAACAGUAAACAAUAAUAUAAAGCACUAAUUAAAUUCGA